AUGGCCGAGGAGAAGAUGACUGCCAAUGUUCCAGCCGAUGCUGAAGAGGGACGUGUCUUCGUCAUCGAAUCGAAUCGUCGUGAUGAGAUUGCCAAGUUGGUUGUCCUCAUCGUUCUCAUCAUUGUCUUCCCGCCAGCAGCGGUCGCCGUUCAUGCCAACGAGUGUAACAUGCACGUCUUCAUCUCUCUCAUCCUCGUCUUCUUCUUCAUGAUUCCAUCGUACAUCCACGCCGUCUGGUACUGCUUCUUCCGCAAGCCAACUCAAAUGACAAUUGCUUAA